AUGGUUUUUCUUUCUGCAAUCUUUGGUGCCGUGGCUCUCGCAUCGUCUUAUACUGUGGCCCAUGCCCAGAAAACCGUUAUGCCGCUUCCUUGGGACGGUCGUGGAGAAGGACUCGACGUCAAAACAAUCACAAAGAAGUACCUGACUCACAUCCUCACAAUGCGUAAUGAUUCAAAACUAACGGUCGAAGAUUACAUCUCGAUUGAACAAAAGGCUCGAGAACCUGCGUACAAUGGUGACUCGGCGGUCAUAUCGAUUUCAGUGGACGGAAAAGCACAGUUUAAAGAUCAACAUGACUUUCGUCGCACAGAACUAGUGCAAUUUGUUGCCUCGAAUCCAAAAGGUGUCACGUUCUUUCGUACGAGCUUUAUGAAAAAAGAAGCAUUUUUGAACCCGUACGCCUGGCAGCUUGUUUUUGACGAAUUGCAUGUUAUUGAGCUUCGAGUGGAUGCAUCAGUCACUCCGGCAAAGCUCAUUUUCUUGUGUGGUGGAACUUGGGACCCGAAAUGGGAGACAACGUUUAAGCCGGGUACGUGGUACAACUUCGGCAUUGCUGUCUCUGCCGGUGAAACGCCACAAAGCGUCAAGAUUGAAUUCUACGAGAGCGAGGGCAAUGAAGAACUUGUUCUGAAAACAAAAGAGACCGCUGAAAAGCCUUACCCCAGUGAUUUCGAGUUUCACAUCGGACUGUUGACAUUGAGUGACGACAAGUCUGCACCCAAAAUGAACAAGGACCCUGAUACCUUGAUGUUCAAUGGUGUUUCUGUCACGCCUGAGAUUUCAACCGCCACUUCACUCAAUGUCAAUUUCCAACAGAAUUGA